UUCAGUCACAGUGAGGAGCAGCAGUGAUCCAGAAGCUUGUGCACCAUGAGUGACUCUGCACUGAGCCACACCAGGCUCCUGGGCAGCCUCUUUGGGCUCCUCCAAGUGGCCUCGCUGCUCAGCCUGCUUCUGCUGCUGUUCAAGGCACUUCAAUUCUAUCUGCAAAGGCAGUGGCUGCUCAAAGCCUUCCAGCAGUUCCCAAGUCCACCCUCCCACUGGUUCUUUGGGCACAAGGUCAAAAAUGAUCAGGAGCUGCAAGAGAUUCUCUCAAGAGUUGAGAAAUUUCCAAGUGCCUGCCCACUGUGGCUCUGGGGAAGCAAAGCACGCUUAGUAGUCUAUGACCCCGACUAUAUGAAGGUGAUUCUGGGGAGAUCAGACCCGAAAGCUCAUGAUACCUAUAAAUUUGUGGCUCCAUGGAUUGGCUAUGGUUUGCUCCUGCUGAAUGGACAGACAUGGUUCCAGCACCGGCGGAUGUUGACUCCAGCUUUCCACUAUGACAUCCUGAAGCCCUAUGUGGGAAUCAUGGUGGACUCCGUUCAAGUAAUGCUGGACCAAUGGGAGAAGCUCAGCAUCCAGGACAACUCUCUGGAGAUCUUUGAACACAUGUCCUUGAUGACUCUGGAUACCAUAAUGAAGUGUGCCUUUGGCCAACAAGAGUGUGUCCAGGUGGACAGGAAAUCCAAGUCCUACAUCCAGGCUAUCAGGGAUCUGAACAACCUGGUUUUUGCCCGAUUGAGGAAUGUCUUUCACCAGAAUGAUGUCAUCUACAGGCUGACUUCUAAUGGCCGCACAUACCAUCAUGCCUGCCAGCUUGCCCACGAGCAUACAGACAAGGUGAUCAACCAGAGGAAGGCUCAGCUGCAAGAUGAGGGAGAGCUGGAAAAGGUCAAGAUGAAAAGGCGCUUAGACUUCUUGGAUAUCCUACUGUUUGCCAAAAUGGAGGACGGAAGCAGCUUGUCUGAAAAGGACCUGCGGGCCGAAGUGGACACGUUCAUGUUCGAGGGCCAUGACACCACAGCCAGUGGCAUCUCCUGGAUCUUGUACACUCUGGCCACACACCCUGAACACCAGCAGAAGUGCAGGGAGGAGGUCCAGAGUCUUCUGGGAGAUGGAGCCUCUGUCACCUGGGAAAUCCUUGACAAGAUGGCCUACACCACCAUGUGCAUUAAGGAGGCCCUGAGACUCUAUACACCAGUACCCCUGGUGAGCAGAGAACUGAGCAAACCUGUCACCUUUCCAGAUGGACGCUCCCUACCCAAAGGUGUCAUAGUUACACUCUCAUUUUAUUCCCUUCAUCAUAACCCGAAGGUGUGGCCCAAUCCAGAGGUGUUUGACCCUUUCCGGUUUGCCCCAGAUUCUUCCCGCCACAGCCACUCAUUCCUACCCUUCUCUGGAGGAUCCAGGAACUGCAUUGGGAAACAAUUUGCCAUGAAUGAGAUGAAGGUGGCCGUGGCUCUGACCCUGCUCCGCUUUGAGCUGCUGCCAGAUCCCACCAGGGUCCCCAUCCUCAUCCCUCGACUUGUGUUGAAGUCCAAGAAUGGGAUCUACCUUCGUCUUAGGAAACUCAGCUAAUUCUACAGGGGACAAGAAGUUCUGUCAACUUUCUGCCUGCAUUGCCUUCUUGUUACCAGGUCCUAUCCAUAGCCUAUCUAUCUAUGUCCUGCUUUGUCUCCCCACUUGCCCUUCUUCCAUCCUGCUUGAUAUCCUGUGGACUUGCUUGCAGCUCUUCUGCUUGGCUUCCCUUUCCUUUCCUACCAUUUUCCAGGAUCCCUAACUGCCUGCCUGUCUUUCUUCUGUCUACCUGCUUAACAUUAUUCACAUAAUCCCUAAUCACCUGACUGUCCUCAGACCUAUCUGCACCUGAACAUAAGGUUUCCCUUUCUGCUGCUUAUCUGAGCUGAGCUUAUCUACUUAUGUAUCGGAAGUAUUAACUGCUUUAUAAUAAAUUACAAUCAUGUUUGUGACAGAAA